AUGGGAGGGCUUCUGGAGGCUUUUUCCCGGCAACGCGGUAUUCUGGCCAAAUUCGCGUUGGCCGCCCGGGUUCUGGCGAUGAUCGGGCUGUGCGUCGUGUUUCUGAUCCGUUCAUACGUGUACUCGCGCAACUUUGCGAGCAGCACCGGCGAGGCAUGCGGUGAGGAGAUGACCACUUUUGUUUUUGUGCACCAGUUGGCGCUUGUCGCGCUGCUCGUCCUCAUCUACGCGCUGCUCCAAAUGUCGAUCCAACCACACGGCUGCGGCCGCGCCUUCAAGCUGGCCAGCGUCGUGGCUUCGACGAUCAUGUUCGCCGCCGACGCGGCCACGCUCACCUUCACGCUCAACUACCGGCCGCUGGGGACGUGCAAUGGCGGCUUGAUGAAUCACAUCCCGGAAAGUGUGGUCGGCUGGAUCUUGACGGUGGGCACGAUCAUCUACGGUCACACGCUCUACUACACCGGCGUACAUAUGCGUAACCUGGACCGGCUGGAGACGGUGCUGACAAUCUGCCCGCCCGCCGAGAAGAAGCCGAUCAGCACCGAGAAGACGCCGGCAAAGAAGACAAGCCAAUCGUCGGAAGUGAAGGCCGAA